CCGACGAGGGGAGCGCGAGAGGAGAGAGCGAGAGAGAGUGGAGAGUGAGUGGAGAGUCAAGCGGGCAGCUGUGGCAAGAGCAGCAGCUGUGGUAGCAAACAACAACAACAGCAGCAACAACAACAACAACAGCAGCAGCAGCAAGUGAGCACGUACAAGCUGUAGCAGCAGCAGUGAAAGCAGACCCGGAGCAACACAAUAGGAGUACGACCACCAGCUGCAUACCAGCAGCAACAGCAGCAGUGGCUCCAGCAUAGUUGCUGUAUCAGCAGCAGCAGCAGCCGUAGCAGCGGCAUAACCAACAGAACAGCUGUUACUCGUACCAGCGUUCGCUGCGGUGGCUGCAAUCGGCGAGGAUAACAAUAGGAAUAGCGACAGCGGUACCGGUUGCUGUAGCAGCAGCAGCGGUAACAAUUGGAGCAGCAUCAGCGGCAGCGAAUGCGGCAACAUUCGCGGCAUCAAGGGCAGCUGUAACAACUACUGCUGCGAGCAACAGCAGCAAGCAGCAUUAGCAACAUCAGCAACAGUAUCAGCAACAUCGUCGGUACCAGCAUCAACAUCAACAGCAGUAUAAAUCAACAGUAGCAUCAGCAAACUACUGCAAUAGCAACAGCAUUCCACAAUCCUCACAGUGUCAUCAACUUCAGCAGCAGCAGUAUCAACAGCAACAUCAACAGCAGCAGUAGCAACAACAGCAGCAGCAGGAUCAUCACCAACAGCAGCAGCAGCAGCAGGAGUAGCAACAUCAUCAUCAGCAGCAGCAUCAUCAACAUCAUCAGCAGCAGGAGUAGCAACAGCAACAACAGCAGCAACAACAGCAGGAUCAUCAUCAACAUCAUCAGCAUCAUCAACAUCACCAACAUCAUCACCAACAUCAUCAUCAUCAGCAGCAUCAUCAACACCAUCAUCAGCAGGAGUAGCAACAGCAGCAACAACAGCAGGAUCAUCACCAACAUCAUCAUCAACAUCAUCAUCAGGGUCCACCACAUCUGCUCGUCACCAUCGUCACCCCGUGCUGCCCAGUGGGCUCCUGCGACGGGAGUCGAACCCAGACGCGGACACCUCGGACACCGGCGGCGGCGCGAUGAGCGGCGGCGGCGCGGGCGAGGUGGUGUGCAGCGGGUGGCUCCGAAAGUCGCCGCCGGAGAAGAAACUGCGCAGAUACGCGUGGAAGAAGCGGUGGUUCGUGCUGCGCAGUGGGCGGCUGAGCGGCGACCCGGACGUGCUCGAGUACUACAAGAGCGAGGGCUCGCGCAAGCCUCUGCGCAUCAUCGACCUCAACCUGUGCGAGCAGGUGGACGCCGGCCUCAGCUUCGACCGCAAGGAGUUCCUGCACUCCUUCAUCUUCGACGUGCGCACGCUCGACAGGACCUUCUACCUGGUGGCCGACAGCGAGGAGGAGAUGAACAGAUGGGUGCAGUGCAUCUGCAGCGUCUGUGGCUUCAACCCGCACGAUGACGACCAAGUCAAGAACAACAGCGUGGCCGUCAGUAGCGGCCCGCUGCGUCGCACGUCCGCCACGGGGGGGGCGGCCGUCUCCCAGCAGCCUCUGCUGUCGGAGGGCAGCGCGGUGACGUCGCCGCCGCCGCCGUACGCGCUGCCCACCACGGGCAGCGGGCACGGCGAGCCGGAGGCGCCGAGGCAGGACGGUACGAGCGGGGACGGCCAGGAGUACUUCCUGCUGGCCGAGUGCGUGACCCCCUCGUCGUCGGCCGAAGGAAGCUCCACGCGCUCCACCGCACCGGCACCCCGGGCGGAUGAGUACCUCCUGCUGGGGGACUGCGGUGCCAACCGCUCGCCCGCCGACCCGAGCCCCGUGUGCGACACCGACCUCAACCACAACGCGCCGCCCCCCGUGACCUCCAAAGGGGUCAUGAACGGGGUCUUGCCCCCGGCGUACGACCUGGCCCCUGGCCCGCUCUGCCCCCCGCUCCCUCCGCCCCCCUCCGCCGCGGCAGAUCUGCUGGAGGCGGACGGGGACCUCUCGGGAGCCAUCUACAGCUACCCCCGCAGCUACUCCAUGAGCAGCGAGCAGCCCACCUACGACACCCCCCCGUCGGCCCCCACCUCGUCCUCGCUCUACCAGGUCCCCUGCGUCUUCCGCUUCGACGGCGGGCAGACCACUCCGGCCGCCUCCGCGGGCGGCGCCUCCCCCACCUCGCUGUCGGGGGGCCCCGCGCUGCUGCCCGACGCGGGGACGCCCCCGCCGCGGCCCCCCAAGCCGAGCGCCGGCACGCCGGCCGGGGAGAGGGACGCCGAGGCGGCCAACGGUGGCGGCGGCGGCGGCAGCGCCGGCGUGUACAGCUACCCGCGCUCGCAGUCGGAGAGCGACGGAGGCCUCUACCUGGUUCCGCCGCCCACCGUGGCGCGGAGGAGCAACACCAUCUCCAGCCUGGACGGAGCCAAGGCGGCGCGCGACUCGUACCGGCUGGACAGCUACGACUACCCCCGCACGACGGUGAGCGACGUGGGUCACUCGCUCGAGUCCGUGGGCGACGGGUACAGCUCGUACAUGCGCAAGAAGAGCUUGCAGGGCGGCUCCGAGUCCGACCUGGAGCAGAACUACGUGGCGAUGGUGCCGAGCCCGGGUCACGAGAUCGACUCGCCCGUGACCUCCGACACCAACUACAUCCCCAUGAGCCCCGCCCACGUCGAGGGCCUCUCCCCGCCGACCUCCCAGGGGGGGGCGCCCCCCACCGCAGCUGCCACCGUUGCCGCCCCGGCCCCCGGCUCCGGCCCGUCCGUGGUGCCGCCCCCCCCCGCCGCGCCCAGGAGGGGCUCCAACGGUGGCCCCCCGAGGCGUGCAGUGGUGCCCGCCGAGGUGCAGCUUCCGCCCCCCGUCAACCGCAACCUCAAGCCCGACCGCAAGGGGGGCGAUCGCAAAGGAGCCAAGCCGCCCCCCCUCGUCAUUAAACCGGUCGACGACAUCGAUGGACUCAUGCAGGCGCCGGUGCGAUCGCCGCUCACCAAGACCUACGGGCCGCAGAAAGGCCCCUCGUUCCGCUACAGCCGCAGGCCGGACUCGGUGCACAGCACGGCCUCCAGCUCAGGCUCCGAGGAGGCCGACCCCCCCUACAUCCCCAUGAAGAACCAGCCUGCGAGUGCGUCGCCCACGCAAACGGCGUCGAACGCCGGGAGCCCCAUGCCGCCUGGCGCACGCGAUUGUGUCGAGUACCUCAAGCUCGACCUGCCCGGGUCGCCCGCUUCUACCAAGCAGAAGUCGGCCGCCCCGAGCCCGGCGCUCACGGAGGAGAAGGUGGACUACGUGACGGUGGACAAGGAGAAGACGCUGGCGCUGCAGAACACCAAGGAGGCGUGGCAGGACAAGCGGCAAAUAUCGGAGAACGACGUGCCGUCCAAGGGCACCAAGUGACGCCGUCUCGCCUCCCACCACCAACCCCUCGGCCCCGCGGCAACUCGGACUCGAGAGCUCAAAACUUAAAACUCUAAAAACGGAAUAAAAACUGAAAAGCAAAACGCGCUGCGGAGUGCGAGGAGGAGCACUGCCGCCCAGGAUGGACGAACGCGCAGCGCCAGUUUCGUUUUUAAUCUUAUCUCACCGGCGCCAGCGGUCGAGUUUCUAUCAUCCUCUUGGCUCGCGGUGAGAUGUGAGCGAGCGAGCGAGCGAGGCCGUGCGAUGAUCACCGAAACGGGGCGAUGCAGCUGCGAUGGCGGUGGCGUUCACGGCUGAGCCCACGCCGGUGCACGGCCCGCUGCUUGGAUGAGAGACGGCGCUGCUGGACGCUGCUGGGGCUGCUGGGGGCUGCCACGCCUGCCUGCCGGUGGGAUCUCCGUUUGUCCGCUGGGCGCCAGCGAAGAACCACGUUGAUGCAAAUCGCUCAGCGCCGGACUGUUCCGAGCGAGCGAGCACGCCACCCACCCGCCCCUCCCAUCGGCGUGGGAUUUAACUUUCAAAUAUUGUUUCGUACUUUAUACAUCAACUGUCGAUUUUUUAACUCUACACAGUUUCUACUUGAGCAACUGCUGCAAUCGUCGCCGUCUCGUUUUUUUAUGUUAUUUUGUACUCCCCGAGUUGUUAAUUUUAUUGCCCGUGGUGAAAGUUGUGGUGCAAACCGGUAACAAUGCAAAAGGGAACACCCUUCACAGCUGAUUUUUUAAAUACAGCCUGUAUACAGUCUACAUAUAUAUACACAGUAUUUCAUCAUGGACGAUGACUUCUGCGACAGUGGGCGGCAGAGCCAUCGCCGGCCGUACUCGUCGCCAUGGCGACCAUCACCGUUGAACUCAUCGUCCACUCCGCCCGGUGGAAAGGAGGUCGCCCCCGAUCGCUACGGCAACACCUCACGAACUCGCAAAACAAUCUGAGGGCCGGCAUCCACCAUCCGUCAGGGUGGACUUUGCCGGUCAAGAUGAACUAGUGGACUUGAUUGAUCAGGGUGGACUAAUGGAAUGUCCAUGGAAGAUGGACCGCCUUGAUCGGGGAGGACUAAUGGAAUGUCCAUGGAAGAUGGACCGGCUUAGUCAGGGUGGACUAAUGGAAUGUUCAUGGAAGAUGGACCGGCUUGGUCAGGGUGGACUAAUGGAACAUCUCUGGUCAGGGUGGUCUAUUGGACUGGCUGAUCAGGGUGACUUUGGUGGGCGAAUGGACUCGCGGGUGAAUGUGGACUCGCUGAUUAUGGUGGACUAAACCAUCUGUUCAGGGGUGGAAUUUCUCGUCGAGGUCGAGCGCCUGGUCAUGUCGGUCCUUUAGUUGAAUCGUGGUAGACGCAGCGGUCAGGGCGGAGAUCUCCUCCCAAGGUGAACUCGCCACUCUCACGAUGGACCUGCUCCAGCGAUGAUGAACCGGGUGGACGAGUCCAACGCUGGACUCGCGGAUUUUCCGGUUGGAGUGGAGCUGUUCUCAUAGGUCAGGGUGGACGUUCCGGAUCGAGCCAUGGGGCCGUGCCGGGAACGGCGAGUGACGGGGAGCUUUGUGCCGUGACCGGUCGUCGCUACGUCACCCGUCUGCCUUCUUAACCCCCCGCCCCCCGAGCCCCCCGCCGCGCGUGCGCCUGCCCGAAGACGCAAAAAAAUACUCGUGAAAUGACAAAAAAAAAUGAACAGAUUUGUAGAAAAAUAUAUAUAAGGAUAAUGCUGUGGUUUUACAUAACGAUUUCAAAUUUUGUUUUGUAAGAAAGACGUGGCCUUGGUUCACGUUGUCGUUCGUCGUUGUCCAUCGUUUUGUCCGGUUUGUUUUGUUUUACAGAAAACAGGAGGGAGUUGUUGUUGUUGUUUUUGUAAAAAUGGUUGAAGUUGCAGUUUGUCUCAUUUUAGUAUUUGCGCGAGCACUUGAUUGGGGAGGGGGGGGGGGGAUGCUCGUAUUUUGAGGAGGGGCUGUCAUGCCUCCCCCCCCUCCCAACCUCUCCCCCCCCCUUCCAACCUCUCCCCCCCCCUCUUCCUGCCACGUCGUCGCCCUCUCACUGUGCCCCCCCCCCCCCCCCCACAAACAAAACCACCAACUCCAUUGUAGCCCACGUGAACCCUGACCCCUGGGGUAAAGGUCGCCAAACACAGCGGUAAAUUUGUCAACAGUCGCAACAAAGGAGAGGGUAUCCCGGGCCGAAUGAUGUCGGCAGAAAGGAAAUGCCAACGAGAGACAAGACGUCGCCUCUCCCCCUGCCGCGUGCUGCUGCUGCUGCUGUGGGACCGGGUCUCGCCACGUGUCGUUCGGCGACGAUGUCCGACGUUUCGUUCCAACGUGCCCGCGGCCGGGAGCUUCUUCGGGAUCGGAGAAGCUUUCCGGCGCGGUGAGUGACACGCCGGAUGAUCACGCCGAACGGUGCCGCGAUACAUCCCGAAACACAUCGGGGGGGGGGGGGGGGGGGGUAUUAGCUGAAUUACGUUUGGCUUAUCCGAUAGCUGAUUGGACAGUGGUGAUGAUGACGAUGAUAGUCGGAGUGGAAUUUCAAUAAUUUAUCUCUAAUGUACGCGCGCGACCCUUUUUGUCAACUCCGCCGCUGGACGAAGACCUCCGCGUGCCGUGCGUAUCGAUGGGGGGAGGAGGUGGGUGGAGGGGGGGUGGGGGGCGCUUGUUUGACCAUACUUCACCACGCCUGCCAGGGCGGACUGGCACGCGGCGCCAACCCCGGGUGAAGCGGUCGGUGGCGGUGCCGUCGGUUGAGAUUGUGCGCUGCUGCUGCUGCUGCUGCUGCCUUUGACUACGAUGGGUUUAUUUUGUAUUUAUUCUCGACCGCGUGCCGUCGACGUCGCUAGGAACGGGGAGGUGCGCGCGUGAGUCGCGGUAUUCGCGAGGUCAGGUGACCUCUGCCCCUGGGGGGGGGGGGGGGUCCAGAGAAGCUAUGCAACAGCCCCUCGUGAUGAGGUGCUCACAGUUGGUCCUUGAGAAAUUAAAAUUGAGCAAAAAACAACAAUAUUAAAAACAGCGGCACCAACAGCAACGGUAGUAAAUAAUAAACAUCCAAUACCAUUCUCAGCCACGCUCUCGUGCACCCUGUGCACGGUGUGUGUGUGUGUUCUUUUUCCAAGACGCCUGUCCCGAGUCUGUAUGUACGUGUGUGUGCGCGCGAGUCUAGGUGUGUGUGGCUGUCUGUAUGAUCUGAAUGUGGCCGCGUGUGUGUGUGGCUGUCUGUGUACAGCGCAGUGGAGCGGUUGCGCCACGCUGCGCUACGAACCCGGCGUCCCGAGUUCGAUUCCCACUCACGGCCAACACCCAGUGACGGUUAUAUGACCCGGUCCUGGGACUCCUCUGGGUCGACUCGGCCUCAAAUGAGUACCUGAUGCGGUGUUUAAACAUGCCACUGGGGUGACAAAGGCGGCCGGGUGUGGUGCUGGCCACCCACAACUUCGUGUGCUGUUCCGGCCUUCAUAGGUGCUCGCUAGCUAACAGCACUUGCCCCAACAGUAUUUUUAGGCUAUACGGGGGAUCUUUGUCUUUUGUUUUGUAUAUUGUACAGCGAUUGGGGGUGCAGUGGUAACCGCACUGCACCAACGCCCCCCAACCCAGAAUGAUCCAACCGGCGAUGAGCGAAUUCUACCCAGGGCCCGGGUCUCAUGCACACGCGAAAUAAAUAAAUGAUUCGGGCAUUUAAAGUUGUUUCCAGGCACGCAUUUUAAAUCAACUGCUUUAAUUAAGUGUCCAUUGGAGUAGGGUCACAACCUUUCGGUUGCAAAGGCACGCAACUCUAUUGCUGUGAUACAAAAAAUAGAGCUUUGCCACCCACAAACAAUGAUGAUGGAUGGAGCUGGUGGACAAGGGAGAAGUGGGGAAUCAGGAAUUCAUUUCUCACUGAAAUAUAUUCAGGGUCACUGCCAGACUCGACUGGACGUGGUGGUGGUGGUGAGAGGCACAUGAGGACGCGUAACCACGGCCGAAACGAGAGGUAAUCAUGAAUGUGGUGUGCCGGGUAACGGAAUGAUGUUACGGUUAACUAACUCGGCCGAAACUAAAACUAACUUUUUUUCGAUUUAAAGCUUUCGUGACUGCAGGGAUUCAUCUUCUUGGUUCUUUCGGUAAAAUCACGUAGAAGGGAAGUAAUAAAAUAAUAAAAAUAAAACAUAAUAAAAUAAUUCAUCCAGACGCUGUCUCCCCGACAGACCUGGUCGUCACCUGAGGACGGCUGCUUGCGUUGUGGCCGAAACGUGAGAAUUAUUUUAUUAUGUUUUAUAUUUAUUAUUUUAUUACUUCCCUUCUACGUGACUUUACCGAAAUAACCAAGAAGAUGAACUUUUUUUAUUUUACCAGGUAAUGCCCUCUGAGCUACUUAUCUCUUUUUCAGAAGCCACCUCGCUAUCAAAAAAUCAUGAUCCAACGAAAUGGCUUACGUGUAAAUGUAUAGCAGCCAUAUUCUCUAAACGCAUGUUUCUAAACGUGGAGGGAAACACCGGAGAAACCCGGAGAAAAAUCCACACGAACACAGGGAGAGAGAUACACGCAACUCCAAACAUAGAGCAGGCGUCAGGGUCGGGAUCAAACCCACGAACUCGUGUAUACCGGGCGAGGGAGUUAACAUCUCCUUAGGUUUUUUCGGUAAAGUCACGUAGGUAAAAAAUAAAAUUUAAAUUAAUAAAAGUAAAAUUAAAAAAUCACGACGUUUCGGAGGCAACACAAGCUUCCGUCUUCAGGUGGAACCGUCACAACACGAUUGAUGUAUCAAGUAAAGACUUUACCGUCACAGCACGAUUGCUGUAUCAAGUAAAGAGGAAAAAAAACCUAAGAGUAUGAAUCCUUGCAGUCACGAAAGCAACAAAUCUAGAGUUAACAUCUCGCCAACCGCAGCGCCUCUACGGUGCAAUUUAAUGGAAUGUUAACAGUGAUAAUUGGUUGUUACGAUUCGAACCCUCCCUUAAUUGCGUAUUGAAAAUGGAACGCAUCGCGUUACACGUUGCUACGUCAACUGGGUGCAGUAGGCGAGAGGAGACGCCAGGGGGCCUCGCUGGCUCGAGAGAGGAGGAAGCGACGCAUGGCCUGGAACGGCACAGCCUGGCACGGCACGGCACAGCCUGGCACGGCUCUGCACGGCACGGCACCGACAGAAAACGUUUUGAGUGUCUUUGCGAGCACGUGAAUUCGGAUUUGCGACAUUCAAAUUGAGACGUGUGUGUUUUUACGUAUGUCAAUGUAGAUAUAUAUAUUUAUUUGUUUUCCUUUAUUCAUUCUUAGAUUGGGAUUAUACGUGGCGGCCAA